AUGAUUGAAUUACCAAAAUUUCCAGGUAAUCCAGCCGCUCCAGUGACUUCUGGUGAUGGAAUCACUUCAGUUGCUAGUCAUUUACAAGUAGAAGAUCAUGAAGUGGACCUUCGUGCUAUCCAAUCCCAACCGUUAUCUAUUGGUGAAGUUGCAACAACUUUAACUGAUGCUCAAAAAUGGAUUAUUUUGAAAAGAUUACAUUUUGAUGCUUUGGUUUCUUUGGAAGAAUUACCACCACAAGCUACAUUUAUAUUUGAAAAGAUUGAAAAUAUGUCAACACAAGAAGCUGUUGAUGUCUUGAAGAAAGCUAUUGUGGACCAUGACAAUGAUGUCAACAUGCUGGACAGUGUUUAUGAAUUAUGGGAAAAUUUGGUGGCCAGAGAUCAUAAACAAGAAACAUCUCUUGGUGAAGACAGUGAAGAUUCUGAAAAAAAGAAUCCACAUCCAUAUUCUGUUAAAGAAAAAUUGAGUACAUUUAUCCAUACUUCUGAAGAAAAGUUUAGAACCUCUGAUGAUAUUGAAAAGACAGAUAUUGCUGCAGCUAGUGAAGACUUUGCGAUUGUUGAUUGGGGUUUGCAAGUAAGAUUAGAAGCUGUCUUGGUUGCCUAUUGGUCACCAUACCCUGAAGUUAGAGCAGUUACUUUCCCUUAUGAUGAUCCAACUAUUCCUGUUGAAACAUUCAGGGUGUAUUUGAUUGGUAUUAUUUGGACGGGUAUUGGUGCUGUUAUCAAUCAAUUCUUUGCUGAAAGACAACCAGCAAUCUCUCUUAGUGUUUCUGUGGUUCAAGUUUUCUUGUAUCCUUCUGGUUUGCUUUGUGAAUGGAUCUUACCUAAUUGGAGUUUCAACAUCUGGAAAUGGAGAAUUGACUUAAACCCUGGUCCAUAUACUUUCAAAGAACAAAUGUUGGCAACUAUUUUCUGUGGUGUUACUGGUGGUAGUACUUCAUAUGCAGCUUGGAAUAUUCUUAUGCAGAAAUCAGAUAAAUUCUACGAUAAUAAAUGGGUUGAUUGGGGUUAUCAAAUUUUAUUGAUCUUGUCAACAAACUUUCUUGGGGUUGGUCUUGCAGGUAUCAUGAGAAAAUUUGCUGUUUAUCCUGUUAAAGCUGUUUGGCCAUCUAUUUUACCAUCCUUGGCAUUGAACAAAGCUUUGUUAACCCCAAGUAAAAAGGAGAAAAUUAAUGGAUGGAAGAUUUCCAGUUAUAUGUUCUUUUUUGUUACUUUCUGGGCAUCGUUUGUAUACUUUUGGAUUCCUGAUUAUUUAUUCCAAGCUUUGUCUUAUUUCAACUGGAUGACUUGGAUUAAGCCAGAUAAUGUCAAUUUGGCUGUUGUUACCGGAUCAAUUGGAGGUUUAGGCUUGAACCCAAUUCCUACUUUUGAUUGGAAUUAUUUGAGUGCAUUGUUACAACCAUUGCAAGUUCCAUUCUUUACUACUGCUUGUAACUUGCUUGGUGCUUUUAUUGCUUUCUUUGCUAUUCUUGGUAUUUGGUAUUCCAAUUACAAAUGGACAGGCUAUCUUCCAAUUAAUGAUAAUGGUCUUUAUUCAAACACUGGUGAUCCAUAUUCCGUCACUGCUAUUGUCAACGAAGAAAGUUUAUUUGAUCAAGAGAAGUACAACAAAGUUGGUCCUCCCUUCUAUACUGCCGGUAAUUUAGUGGUCUAUGGUGCCUUUUUUGCUCUUUACCCAUUUCAUAUUGUUUAUGAAUUUGGUAUGCAUUAUAAAGAUAUGUGGGAUGCCUGUACAUCCUUCUGGAGAGUUUUGAGAAAUUGGAAGAAAUCCACUUAUGAUGGGUAUGAUGACCCUCAUUCCAAGAUGAUGUCUCGUUUUCCAGAGGUUCCAGAAUGGUGGUACCUUCUUAUUGUUGUUGUUUCAUUAGUUUUGGCUAUCUUGUGUGUUAAAGUCUAUCCUGCUCAAACUCCGGUAUGGGGUAUUUUCUUUGCCUUGGGUAUCAAUUUUGUGUUUUUGAUUCCAUUGACUACCAUUUACGCUAGAACUGGUUUCUCGUUUGGUUUGAAUGUCUUGGUUGAAUUGAUCAUUGGGUAUGCUAUCCCAGGUAAUGGUUUAGCCUUGGCAUUCAUUAAAGCUUUGGGUUAUAACAUUGAUGGUCAAGCACAAAAUUUCGUUAACGAUUUGAAACAAGGUCAUUAUGCUAAGCUUCCACCAAGAGCUGUUUACAGAGUUCAACUUUUGUCAAUCUUUGUUGCUUCUUUCAUUCAAUUGGGUAUUUUGAAUUUCCAACUUGAUGGUGGUAUCAAAGACUAUUGUGAUCCAGCAAACCCACAAAGAUUCACUUGUCCAAAUGGUAGAACUUUUUACUCUGCAUCUGUGUUAUGGGGGGUUAUUGGUCCAAAGAAAGUGUUUGGUGGUUUGUAUCCUAUUUUACAAUAUUGUUUCUUGAUUGGAUUCUUGAUUGCUAUUCCAUGUGUUAUUGUCAAGAGAUGGGGACCAAAGAAGGUUUUCAAAUACUUUGAGCCAUCAAUUAUUAUUGGUGGUAUGUUGAAUUUUGCUCCAUAUAACUUGACCUACCUUCUUCCUGGCUUCUACGUGGCUUUUGCAUUUAUGCACUACAUCAAAAGAAAUUACGAAGCUUGGUGGCAAAAAUACAAUUACGUUCUUUCUACUGGUUUAAAUGCUGGUAUUGCCUUUAGUUCAAUCAUCAUUUUUUUCGCUGUCAUGUAUCAUGCAAAAGAUAUCACAUGGUGGGGUAAUACUGUGUCAUUUGAAGGUGUCGACGUUAGUUUAACUGGUUGGUUGAAUGCCACAGUUGAUGCUCCAGAUGGAUAUUUUGGACCUAGAAUUGGUGAUUUCCCAUAG